UUUGCGUAUUUCUUGUUGUUUAUCACUGAGUCCACUGAGUUAUUCCCCAAAUAUUUUGCAUGUUUUCCGUGAAAAUUCAUUGAAGAAGAGCGUGAAAGAUUCACCCAUGGAUUCAGACGAGGAUGAUGAUCUCCUGGAGGCAUUGGACGUUAUGGAGGAGUUUAUGGGUCGCACUGAACCCAUCAAGGAAGAACCGCCAGGAGAGGAGCAUUUGCGCGUUCUCCGAAGCAAGUUUGGCCACACAAACUUCCGGCCUAUGCAGUGGAAAAUCAUCAACUCACUCCUCAAUGAGAAACGAGAUAAUUUUGCGGUGAUGGCCACUGGCUAUGGGAAGUCACUCUGCUACCAAUUCCCAUCCGUUUUUACCGGGAAGUUGACUGUGGUAGUGUCACCCCUGAUUUCCCUGAUGGAAGACCAAAUAUCCGCCCUGGAGGUGAUGAAUAUCGAGGCAAUCUUCAUGGGGACAGCACAGAAAGAUCGACAGGCGCUUGAGAAGGUUGAAGCUGGACACUUCAGGAUUGUGUACAUGUCACCCGAAUACAUCACUGGGAAUAGGGAUGUCUUGAAACGACUGGCACCCCAACUUACGCUAAUUGCAAUUGACGAAGCUCACUGUGUAAGUCAAUGGGGUCAUGACUUCCGUCCCGCAUUCCGGCAACUUUCCUUCAUUCGUCAAGCCGUUCCCAAUGUUCCAAUUCUUGCUCUCACUGCCACAGCCACUCAACGUGUCCAGGAGGACAUUGUGAAGACACUGGGCUUGAGGAAUCCUCAGUGUAGCAUUAGUGGCUUCGAUCGACCCAAUUUGAAGUUGGAAAUCUACCCAAGGAAUGGGAUUAAUGCGUGGCAAGAUCUCCGGCAGCACCUGGAAAACUUCCGAGGGGGCAGUGCCAUCAUCUAUUGCCUCACGCGAAAACUCACGGAGUCUGUGGCGCUGGAACUGCAGCAGCAAAACAUUGCGUGUGAGCCCUACCACGCAGGGCUGUCCAUCAAACGACGAACGGAAGUACACCAGGAAUUUGUCAAGGAUCGUGUGAAGAUCAUCGUAGCAACAAUUGCCUUUGGGAUGGGUAUCGAUAAGCCAGACGUUCGGCUUGUCAUCCACUAUGGAUGCUCACAAAACGUGGAAUCCUACUACCAGGAAAUUGGGCGAGCAGGACGCGAUGGGAAUCCAGCAAGAUGCAUUCUCCUCCACAAUGGGAAAGAUUUUGGUACUCACAUGAUUCUCUGGGAGCACGCCAGUCACAAGCAGCGUCUCAUUGAACUCCAGUGUGCCAUGAAGGAUUACGUUGAGCUACGAUCCUGUCGACGUGCCUUCAUCCUCAAAUACUUCAAUGAUCCCCAGGUAAGUACCCUGGGAUGCCGGAAGGAUUGUUGUGACAACUGCAACAGUAAGCUGGAGGGAAGUCUGGUUGAGGAAAAAUACGUUGAACUUGAAGACGAGGGGAGAUUUGAUUUCACUGAGGACGUUGCAAAAUUCAUGGACGCCCUCAAAGCUCUGCGGCGGUAUGCCUCAGUAACAAAGACAAUACUCUUCCUGCGUGGCUCUAAAUCACAGAAACUCCCCGCAAUGUGCUGCAUUCACACCCUCUAUGGAGCUGGAAAAGAUAAAAGUGAGCAGUGGUGGAGAAUGAUUGCAGAUCUCCUCACGCGGGAAGGGUACCUGAAGAAGGUGGCAGUUGCAUAUGCAGCCCCAGGUGUUACUGCAACAAACAUCACGAAGAAAGGUGAGACGUGGAUGGCGAAACGGGAGAAAAUCCUCCUGCAUCCCCUUCAGGGAAUGAUGCAGUUUUUUACGAAGAAAGAUACGAGGAAAGUAGAAAUCUCCACGGUAAAGCCUCUCUUUGACUUUGGCGCAUCAUCAAGUACUUCCGCUCAGAGUUCAGUGCCCAAAGAACAUCCUCCAACUGCGAAAAUGAACCCAAAUUUAGCAGCUGCACUUCCGGCAAAGAAGGCUGAUGAAGAACUCAUGAAGGGACUCCUUUUGGAACGUUCCAAAAUUGCCAGUGAAGUGGAUUGUAUGCCGUACUUGGUGGCAUCAACAACUGCCCUUGAGCAAAUGUGUAAAUUGAAGCCCAAAACUUUGGAGGAGCUUCGACUUGGCAAGGUGGAUGGCUUCUCUGAGGCAAAGAUUGAGAAAUUCGGACCAGUUUUCGUUAAAUACUUCCGGAAAGCUCUUGAAGGGAUGGAUUCAGCUCCGGCAAGCCAUCAAAUUGAAGAAAUCCUAUCUAAGCAUCCCAUAACUGGUCCACUGAGAGGUUCCCCGCUAACGUCGUAUGAAAUGUUUGCUGCCGGAAGUUCCCUUGCGGAGAUAGCAAUGAAGAGAGAUCUAACAGAAUCCACAAUUGUGGGUCAUCUAAAGAGUGCCAUUGAAGUGGGAAAGAUCAUCCGAAGGAGGGAUCUUGAACGAUUGGGCGUUGAUCGGGAGAGCUUCGAGGAGAUUCGGAAAAAUCUCCCUGCUGAUCUUGCUUCUGCUAAACUCACUCCCAUCAAGGAAGCAUGUGAUCCGGGCAUUUCCUUCGAUAGCAUUCGCUUCGUGGUGGCAUACUUCCGCAUACGGCAGCAUCUCGAGAGGAUCGGGCAGGCCUACGAGGAUCCUGAUGCAGUGGAGGAGCCACCGGAGCCACAGCCCCAAGUCCCGCAGACGUCACAGAAGAAGCCUGAAAAUGAGGAAGAAGACAUGGAUUGGGGGGAAUUUGAUACCAUUGAGCAGGAUGUUCUUCAAGCUGCUGAGCUGCUUGAUGCGGAAUCCCAGGCAAGUGGUUCUCAGACUCACGUGCGUCCGCAGGAGAAGAAGAAAUUCGCUCAAGUUGCCUACAUGAGCGACGACAGUGAUGACGAAGCGCAGGGAGCUAAAGGAGGCGAUAAAAAGGAGAAUAGGGCUCCAAGUCAGGCGGUAACACCAUCCCCGGUCAAACGACGUCGCCAAAAUCUCAUCCUCUGAUGUUUUUUAUAAAAAGAUCCCGGAAAUCACAAAAAAGACUCAUUUUUUCCGAGAAAAAUAUAAUAUGUAUAAAAUUUUCUGUUGAAA